AUGUCCGUGUCGUACGACGACCAGCGAGUGUGGCUGAACAUCCACCAGGACCUCAAAGACGAGCUUCUCCUCCGGACGGUGAGCUUCCUUGAGUGCCUGAUCUGCUCCGAGGUGAUGCACGUGCCAUAUUUGGCCAUCUGUGGCCAUUCGUUCUGCUACGGCUGCCUCGAUGCGUGGUUCGAGACCAAGUUGAACUGCCCCACGUGCCGCCAAGACAUGGAGGAGCCGCCGAUCCUCAACAUCCAGUUGCGCGAGGUCAGCAAGGCCGUCACGGACUUGGUCAUCGACACGCUAGAAGACGAGAAACACAAGAAAGAGCUUUUGGACGCGCGGCUGAGGCUAGUCGCCGAGUACGACCAGGCCGCCAAGACCAAGCGUUUGUUCCGCGAGGCCUUCAACUCGGCCCCCACGCUUGUGGACAGGUCUGACGGCGUGCCUCGAUGCGGCAACUGCCACUGGGAGGCCCAUGGCUCUGUGUGUCUCCACUGCGGGGCCCGUUUCCGCAUACCCCGGGGCGACCUGUACUUCGACUCGGAAGACGGCGACGCCUACAACGAGGACGAGGAGGAGGUGGAGAUGUACGGCGUGGACCAUGCCAACUACGACAGCGAGGACAGUUUUGUCGACACUCGCGACGAGCGGGAAAUCAACAAUGACAGGGAGCAGCACGACUCGGACGGGCUUCUUUCCUCGGGCGAAGACCAUAGCGACGCAGAGCUCGAUAGCAUGGAGCACGCAGUGGAGCAGUUGCAUGACCAGGAUGUGGAGGACUACUCUACGCACUACGAGCCUGAUUUCGAGGCGGGCUCGGACUCCGACUGGGGCACGAGCGUGGCCAUGGGAAGCAGGCCGCAAAUCGUCUACCUGGAUUCCGAAUGA